GUUGCUUUGUCGUAGUAGAAACUGCUAGAAACUUGUCAAAGUGAACACCAGAGUCUCAUAUGAAUACGGAACUUAAAAGCUGAAGGGGUUUAAUCGUCUCUUCGACGCUUUACAGACACGUUUUAGUCAAAGAGCGACUAUGUCAGGUCAGUUUUCCUCGUUUUACUUUUGUUAGCUGCUAAAACACGUUCCGCUUUACCAUGUUGUCCUGAGGAUGGACUGCACUGACAGCAAGGAUGACGUUUCUCUCAACUGUUUUCAUGCUAAAGUAACGUUAAAGUCUCGUUUAUAACUGUAUUUGUUUUGUAAGUCUCAAACCAAUUAAAGUAGCUUGUUGUUGGAGGUGUUUCGGGGUUAAAAAGCAACGAACGGAAAGACUGUGGGCAGUUAAUACCGCCGUUUAAUGCUUCCGUUGAAGUUGAGUUCAAGGUCCAGCUCCGAGUAACGUGCAUUACAUUUAACUAUCAAAAUGUCAGAGUCUACUGACAGUCGCACCAAGACGUUGAACUUCAACAUUGGGGUGCUCGGACAUGUCGACAGCGGGAAGACGUCGCUCGCCAGGGCGCUGAGCAGCACCGCCUCCACCGCUGCCUUCGACAAGAACCCGCAGUCCCGUGAGAGAGGCAUCACGCUGGACCUCGGCUUCUCCUCCUUCACGGUGGAUCUUCCGGAUCAUCUGCGGGACAGUGGAGGCCAGCAGCAGUAUGACAACUUGCAGUUCACCCUGGUGGAUUGUCCGGGACAUGCCUCUCUUAUUCGGACUAUCAUCGGGGGUGCCCAAAUCAUUGACCUGAUGAUGCUGGUGGUGGAUGUGGUGAAGGGGGUGCAGACUCAAACUGCAGAGUGUCUGCUGAUAGGAGAGCUGACCUGCCCUCGCAUGGUGGUCGUCCUGAACAAAACUGACCUACUGCCGCCCAACAAGAGACAGAGUGCCAUUGAGAAAAUGACCAAGAGGCUGCACAAAACUCUGGAGAACACCAGAUUUAAGGAAUGUCCAGUGAUUGCUGUGGCAGCGAAGCCUGGGGGCCCGGAGGCUCCUGACACAGAGGAGCCACAUGGAGUGCCAGAGUUAAUAGAGCUUUUGAAGAAACAGACGUACCUCCCUCAGAGAGACCCCGCAGGUGACCUCCUGAUGGCUGUGGACCAUUGCUUCUCCAUCCGCGGUCAGGGAACAGUUAUGACUGGAACCAUCCUGCAGGGGUCGCUGGCCAUCAAUGACACUGUGGAAAUCCCUGCGCUUAAGGUGACCAAGAAGAUAAAGUCGGUGCAGAUGUUUCGGAAGCCAGUGUCCGGGGCCAUGCAGGGGGAUCGUGUGGGUGUGUGCGUGACACAAUUUGACCCCAAACUGUUAGAGCGGGGUGUGGUGUGCACCCCAGGGUCCCUGCGCACCCUCUAUGCAGCUGUCAUCUCUGUGAGGAAGAUAGGCUACUUCAAGGGCUCUCUUGCCACCCGAGCCAAGUUCCACAUCACUGUUGGUCAUGAGACGGUCAUGGCGAGGGUUACCUUCUUUGGCCUGCCACCUGUGGGUGCCUCAGAGCUCCCCUCAGACGCUAAACCACCUCCAUCACAGCCCUGCUCGCUGGACACACCCUUCACCUUCGAGAGGGAGUACUUCUACCAGGAUGAAUAUGUCACUGGUCAGGGGGAGGCGAAUCCAGGACCUGACCCAGAGCAGUGGGCCUUGUUGGAGUUUGAGCGACCAGUCACGUGCCCCUCACUCUGCCUGGUGAUUGGUUCCAAGCUGGACACAGACAUCCACGCCAAUGCAUGCCGGUUGGCCUUUCAAGGCCGUCUGCUCCAGGGAUUUGAAGAUAAAAGCUAUGCUGAGACCGCCCUGCCUCGCCUGCGCAUCUACAAGACAAAACACAAGGAGGGACAGGUGGAGAGGGUGACGGACGACUACACUGUGAUUGGCCGCAACCUGUUCAAGAAGGAGACCAACCUCCAGCUCUUUGUGGGGUUGAAGGUCACACUGUCGACAGGCGAGACUGGCGUUAUCGAGGGUGGGUUUGGACAGAGCGGGAAGUUCAAGAUCCGAGUACAAGAGGGUCUCAGCUCAGAAACCAAGCAGUUGUUAUCCUCCACCUCUAAGAAGAAAGGGAAGGGUGGAGGCAAAGGUGGACCAGCAAAUGAAGAGGAGCCCAAAACUGAUUCUCAGCCUGUUGGCAUUCACUUGCAUUUCAAGCGGUAUGUCUUUGAUCCCCAUAAAAAGAUGGUUCAGUCUUGACAUUAGUUGCUCACCCUUCAGCCUGACAGUGUGUCACAGCGCUUCAGAAAGGCAGAGGGCAGCUUCAGAGGUUGUGCUGAGGUGAGGGGAAUACUAGCCUCUGUAUCAGGGCUCUGAUCGUUCUCUUCUAUCAGCCACUGAUGGAGACAGUCUGCUGCAAUGCAAUGACUGUGGAAUGCUGAACGCAUGUGAAACACUGAUUGUUUUUAUCUCCCUUUAUGGAGAUGGACUUAAUCCAGUUUGCUACAUCACAAGGGCGGAGUACGCUCUUCUGUUCCUGAUGCAUUUGAGUUGUCUUAAAAAAUCAGUACUUUUGUUCUUAUUCGUCAGUCUGAACCAAUUCUUUUGACUUGCAGCAAACUUUUUUUCCAAGUAUGUUUCUAAUUCAGUGGAGCCUUGAUUGGCGUACACACAUCAGCUAGCAUUAGGGCUGCAUGAUAUCUGGAAAAUAUGCAAUAUGCAUAUUAAAUGUGCAUAAACUUUGAAAACUACUUGUGAUAAAUAAACAGAUAUUAAAGUGUAUUCAGUGUUCUGCAGCUUUCAGUAUACUUCUAAAAUACAAUUGCUUGUUGAAUUAAAAAAAAGAAAGGAAAUUAUUCCCAACAAUCUUUUAUUUAAGAUAUACUAUGCAGCAUUUUCCUUAAAAAUAAAAAAUGUGUAGACUCAUACAGAAGUAAUUCCUCUAAAUCAUCAUUUAUGACCCACUAGAGGUGUUUGAGUCUGUAUUUUCUUAUUUUCUUCUUAAUUUCUGUGUUUGGGAGUGAAUCUGGGGUUGGCUUUUACUUUAACUUUUUCUGGUGAGCAUGUUUACAAACCAUAACCAACAAUCCUGGAUAGUUUAUCUUUAAAACAAAUUGAACUAAACACAAAAGCCACCAAUAAAAAAGGAAUGAAUUACAUUUUAAAGUGCAGUUUUCUACUCGAAAAAUCCCUGAGUGCCAUAUCACAGUUUUUUUGUGAUGUGUUUACAGCUCAAGCUGACAUCACAGUGAUCGAUUAAAAAAAAAAAAAUAAGAAAAGAAAUAUAAUAUAUUGUGCAGCCCGAGCUACUGUAGCAUUACAGCGUUACUGACCUCAAAGAUUUCAACAGAUCUCUGUACUCACUGUCUGCGUUUUGCUCUAUUGCUGGGCUAAAGGUCAUGUUAUAUUUCAGGUUUCACUGGCUGUUGUGUGAUUUCCAAAUUAUUUGUCCAUAUUUCAAUAUUUUUCUUUUUCAUAUAACUGUACUUUAAUUGCAGUUUGUAGAGCUGCAAUUCACCAAGAAUAGCAAGUACCCCAGAGGUUGCUUAAGUUGAAUUGAAAGUGGAUCUUUUCAAAAAGACAAAUAAAGCAAUCCUUCUCUGAAA